UUGCAGCUCCACUCUACUGACAGAGGUUUAACGUUAAUCUUUUUUUUCAACAAAGUGCGUGAGAACGACAAUCAAGCCGCCAAAGGAUUGCCGAAAAAGCACCGCCAAAGCGUUGACCCGGUGAGCGCCCCCAACGAACGACGCCUGUGUCUCCGGUCCCGUCUCCGUUCCCGCUUUCCCGCUCCCGACUCGCCAACACCGCUGUCACCACCUCCGUCUUAAGAUGUCGGACUACAGCGACCUGGACCGCCAGAUCGAGCAGCUGAAGCGCUGUGAGAUCAUCAAGGAGAACGAGGUAAAGGCUCUCUGCGCCAAGGCACGCGAGAUACUGGUGGAGGAGGGCAACGUGCAGCGUGUAGACUCGCCGGUAACAGUCUGCGGUGAUAUCCACGGCCAGUUCUACGAUCUGAAGGAACUGUUCAAGGUGGGCGGCGACGUACCCGAGAAGAACUAUCUGUUCAUGGGCGACUUUGUGGACCGCGGCUACUACAGUGUGGAGACAUUCCUGCUGCUGCUGGCGCUGAAGGUGCGCUACCCGGACCGCAUUACGCUGAUCCGCGGUAAUCACGAGUCUCGCCAGAUCACGCAGGUGUACGGUUUCUAUGACGAGUGUCUGCGCAAGUAUGGCUCCACGGCCGUGUGGCGCUACUGCACAGAAAUCUUUGACUACCUCAGCCUGUCGGCCAUCAUCGAUGGCAAGAUAUUCUGCGUGCACGGCGGUCUGUCGCCGUCUAUCCAGUACCUGGACCAGAUUCGCAGUAUCGAUCGCAAGCAGGAAGUGCCGCACGACGGACCCAUGUGCGACCUGUUAUGGAGCGAUCCGGAGGACCAGACCGGCUGGGGCGUGUCUCCGCGCGGCGCCGGCUAUCUGUUCGGCUCCGACGUUGUCUCCCAGUUCAAUCGUACCAAUGAAAUCGAUAUGAUAUGCCGCGCACACCAGCUGGUUAUGGAAGGCUUUAAAUGGCAUUUCAACGAAACCGUCCUGACAGUCUGGUCUGCGCCCAACUACUGCUAUCGUUGCGGCAAUGUGGCUGCCAUCUUGGAACUGAACGAGUACCUGCAUCGCGACUUUGUCAUCUUCGAAGCGGCUCCGCAGGAGAGUCGAGGCAUACCCUCUAAGAAGCCCCAAGCUGACUACUUCCUCUAAGACGAGCGACCGCCCACCCGCGCUCCGGGCACACCUCGCUGUUGAGACGGGUCAGCGGGAGGCACCGUUCACUGGUCCAUUGUUGGCUGCCACAAAUCAUCAAGGAAAAAUGAAACUGCCUGCCUGCCUAAGCAAACGCAAACGCGACCAGCAACUGCAAAUGCAGAAAAUUAUUUACAUAAUGACAUCAAGUAAGCUAGAAUAGCGAACCGGAGCCUCAUAUACAUGGACCUCAUCCGUGCGCGCAUGUAGGUCCAAAUUUCGGGCGAUUCCGUAUACUUUUUUCCCCCUUUAUUCACAUUUACACCCCUAAUACCUUGCUAUACGUCAAUGUUUCUCAUGAUUAUCGUGCGUUUUACCCCUGACAGUCACUUAUUUGUUUAGAGACCAUCAUGAAAUGUGUUGUCGCAAGCUACGCAUUAAUAUAAUAAAAUAAUUCGUAGGAUUAACCCAUCCCCGCCCCGGUCGGGCGAAUUCGCCUGGACAAGGCGACCCGCAAGCGGUCCCUUCUCCAUGCGAAUUCCCCCGAUAUCGGGCCACAUUCUAUACGUUUAGACAUAGCUUUAAGUCAGUAACUAACUAAAUUUAACUUGCUAAGAGGCACACUGCAUGAAGUAGGCAGAGCUCCCCCAGCGAGGACGUAGGAGCCACCUUCGCUUGGGGCUAGCCUAUGUGUCGAAAGUGGGUGUGUAGAAAUUCGUAGAGCCUAAGAAAAUGUAAUUUACGACCCAGAUUGGGAUAUUAUAUACAAGUAACUAUAUAUAUAUAUAUUAAAAUAAAGAGUGUAAGGAUGUAUCACGAA